AUGGAUGCCGAUACCAAGCAGUCUAUCUACCACACGCCCGCAUUCCAUGCGGCUGGUACCGCCAUGAUGAGCUUCCAGCCCAUCAACGCCAUACACCAGCAUCUAUGUGCCUUCCACGUCUACGCUCAUGAUCGGACCCGUCAUGUCGAAGCACAUCAUUUCUGCACGCACCUUUCUCAUGAUUUGCACCAGUGCGUCAUCUAUGACACAGAUCAGCCAAACGCCAAGCUCAUUGGCAUUGAGUACAUCGUAUCUGAGAAAAUUUUCCGAGACUUACCAGCGGAAGAGAAGAAGUAUUGGCAUUCUCACAAGUACGAGGUUGAGAGUGGCUUGCUGCAGUUGCAGGUCAAGGGUGGUGUACCUGGAGUUGCUACAGAUGCUGCUGAGCAACCUGCAAUGCUGGAGCUACAGAAGACCUACGGCAAGACCAUCCAUACUUGGGCCGUGGAUACGAGCCCAGAUCUUCCCCUCGGCCCUCCGAACCUCAUGAUGUCGUACACCGGCGACGGGCAAGCGCCGGCAGACCUGAUUCAAGCUAGGGACCAAAAAUUUGGUACUGACACACAGGCGAAACGCGAACUUCGCAAAAGAUAUCUGCCUCCUUAUGAUCCGUUACCAGAGGCUGACGAGUGGAAGAACACCGGCAAGGGCAUUGUAUUCGACCCAGUCGAAGGGGAAAUAAAGCAGUGA